AUGUAUCUUCGGAAAGGACUGGCAUUUGCAGCACUUCCAGUGGCAGCACAAACCGUGUUAGGCCAACAUGUGGUCGACCUCACGGGUGACGGCUGGACUGUCAGUAGUGACGCAUUAAACAUCUCCGUUCCAGGCCAUUUACCUUCCCAAGUACAUUUGGAUCUAUUCGCUGCAAAAGCAAUUGAUGAUCCGUACUACGGACUCAAUGAUUUUGACUUACGUUGGGUCUGCUAUAAUAACUGGACUUACACCAGCCACCCACUGACCACAUUGUCCCCGGAUGCCAAGUCCUCGUGGCUUGUGUUCAAUGGCCUGGAUACAUUCGCCACGAUUGAGGUUUGCGGACAGAUUGUUGGAGCUACCGAUAAUCAAUUUCGACAGUAUACAUUCGAUAUCUCCAGUGCAUUGCGUCAAUGCAAGGGACAUCCAGCCCUAGCUCUGAACUUUGGAAGUGCACCCAAAAUCGCAGAUCAAAUUGCCCAGGAUCCGAACUCUGAAAAAUGGCCAGGAGGCUCCCAGCAAGUCUAUGAGUUCACUAACCGUUGGUACAUCCGCAAGGAGCAGUCUGAUUUCGGAUGGGACUGGGGCCCAGCUUUCGCACCCGCUGGUCCGUGGAGAGAUGCUUACCUUGUGCAGUUUGAACAAAAAGAGAGUGUCUAUAUCUUGAACACCGAUCUAGAUAUCUUUCGCAAGGGCCAAAUCAACCAUCUUUUGCCGGAUCAAACUCAACCUUGGAUUGUCAAUGCCAGCAUCGACUUCCUCGGGUCCCUGCCGCACAACCCGUCAAUGACGAUUGAGAUCAAGGAUGUGGAAUCAGGAAAGAUUCUCAAGUCUGGGAAACUGGAGAAUGUUUCUACCUCUGAUCAAACUAUCACUGGAAGCUUGGAGGUUGAUGCCGAUGGGCCAAGCCUGUGGUGGCCGAACGGUCUGGGCAAGCAAAACCUCUAUUAUGCGACCAUCUCGAUCAACGGUGGCGGUCAAAAGCCCUUGGCUACGGUUACUAAACGCACAGGUUUCCGUACGAUCUUUCUUAAUCGCCUCAAUAUUACUGAUGGACAGCUGGCUCAGGGUAUUGCCCCUGGCGCUAACUGGCAUUUCGAGGUCAACGGUCAAGAAUUCUACGCCAAGGGUUCCAACUUUAUUCCCCCGGAUGCAUUUUGGCCCCGCGUCACCGAGGAAAGAAUGCAGCAGCUUUUUAAUGCUGUCGUUGCUGGAAACCAGAAUAUGCUUCGAGUCUGGGCAUCUGGUGCCUACCUUCCGGAUUUCAUCUACGAUAUCGCAGAUGAGCAAGGAGUUCUGCUGUGGAGUGAGUUUCAAUUCAGUGAUGCUCUAUACCCUAGCGACCCUGAUUUUAUGGAAAACGUGGCAGCCGAAGUUGUCUACAAUGUGAGACGUGUCAACCACCAUCCAUCCCUAGCCUUGUGGGCUGGUGGCAAUGAGAUCGAGAGCUUGGAGUUACCUCUUAUUCGACAGGCUGCCCCUGACAAGUACUCAUUCUACGUCGGGGAAUACGAAAAGCUGUGGAUCACCUUGAUUUUGCCGUUGGUCUAUGACAAUACCCGUUCAAUUUCAUACAUGCCGAGUAGCACAAAUAAUGGCUUCCUCUGGGUUGAUCUUUCCGCUCCUGUCCCGAUGGCUGAGCGCUACGACAACACUACCGCUGGCCACUACUACUCCGAUACAGAUCACUACAACUAUGAUAGCAGUGUUGCCUUUAACUUUGCUAGCUACCCCGUGGGUCGAUUCGCCAAUGAAUUUGGCUUCCAUAGCAUGCCAAGUCUACAGACCUGGCAGCAAGCCGUGAACUCCAGCCAGCUUCACUUUAACAGCAGUACUGUGAUGCUUCGCAACCACCACUACCCCCCUGGCACGACAAGCACGGACAAUUAUAGAAACUCUUCAAGAGGAAUGGGUGAGAUGACAACAGCAGUGGAACGAUACUAUCCUAUUCCUCAUAAGAAAGAUUCUGUGGCAAACUUCGCUGCCUGGUGUCAUGCCACUCAGAUCUUCCAAGCCGACAUGUACAAAAAUCAAAUCAUGUACUAUCGUCGCGGUAGUGGACUUCCAGAGCGGCAGCUCGGCUCGCUAUAUUGGCAACUUGAAGAUAUCUGGCAGGCUCCUACUUGGGCAGGCAUCGAAUACGACGGUCGCUGGAAGGUCCUUCACUAUGUCGCCCGCGACAUCUACAAGCCUAUUAUCGUCACCCCUUUCUUGAACCAUGACACAGGCGACCUUUCUGUUUACGUGAUAUCGGACCUUUGGGAGAAAGCUUAUGGGACGGUGAACAUGACUUGGGUAGACUUGUCGGGAAAUCCUAUUGCUGGCAAUGCCGGAACUCCGCGGAGCAAGUCAUUCACCGUCGGUGGUCUGAACAUUACAAAUGUCUACAAUACAAACACCGCCAAGCUGUCUCUUCCAGAUAAGACAAAUGCUGUUCUUUUGCUUUCCAUUACGGCACGUGGUCGCCUGCCAAAUUCUAGCAAUUCGACUGCUUCUCUGUUUACCCACCAAAAUCAGGUCACGACUGUGUUUCCCCAAAGUCUGUCUCUUGUGGAUCCUAAACUGCAAAUUUCUUAUGAUAGAGCAUCCGGCACAUUUACUGUUGAGGCAAGGAGUGGCGUAUCGCUUUAUACUUGGCUCGACUAUCCUGCUGGCGUUGUUGGCUACUUUGAUGACAACUCAUUUUCUUUGGUUCCAGGUGAGAAAAAGAGGGUCCAUUUCACUGUCCAGAAGGAUGAGACCGGUGGAAAGUGGGUGGAUGGUGUCACUGUCCAGAGUCUGUGGGACCAGACCACUGCAGAGUAA